AUGUUAAUUGUGGGACAAAUUACUACAACAUGGGCUCCAAUGCAUGACAUUUCUGUCCCUUGUGCAAACUUUCUUACAAUGCCAGUAUUUUUAUUAGGAGUUGCUCUUUUAAUUGUAUCAGUGGUAGGAUUAAUAGCUGUAUUAUGUAGGGUUUUAAUUCUUCAUAGAGUUUAUUUAUUUGUAAUGCUUUUGAUCAUUACUGCCCUUUUUACCUUCAUUUUAUUUUCAUUUAUUAUUACAAUUAAAGGUCCUAAAAUGGAAAAUAGUUCAGGUAGAGAAUAUAGGCUUAAUGAUUUUUCUGAUUGGCUGCAAAAACAUUUUGUUGGGGUAAGGGAUUGGUUAGGCAUCCAUUGUUGUCUAGUUGAUGAAGAUGUUUGUGAUAGCUUUGGCAACAAGCUUUCUGUUUUGCCUGCUGCUGCUGUAUGGGAGGUCAUUACCCCUAUUGAGUCAGGUUGCUGCAGGCCUCCUCCGCAAUGUGGUUAUAAACUGAAGAAUGUGAGUUAUUGGGAGGUACCAAAAUCAGGAUUGACAUCAAGGGAUGAUGACUGCAUUACAUGGAAAAAUGACGAAGAUACCCUCUGCUUCAAUUGUGAUAGUUGCAAAGCUGGAUUUCUUCUUCAACUUAGGCAAGAUUUGAUGAUUCUUAAUUUUCUCAAUACUUUUUUUCUCAUUUAUCUCAUUAUUGUCCUCCUCCUCGGCUUUUUUUCCUUACCAAAUCAGCUACAAUCCGACAAACUUUCUAAUAUUUAA